CCGCCGCAAACACACCGACACACCGACACGUUUAAAACUCGGACUCCCGGUGCACGCGGCCCGUAUACUGACGCUAAACCAAAAAUCAAACGCGCGUGCUCCCGUAUAAGUGAAUGUUUUGUGGGACCUACUUCUUCUGCUGUCGCUGACAGGCGGUGCUUCGGUCGCUCCCAAACAUGGCCUCCAUGACGGAGCGACCGCUUCAACUUUAAUUUUUCGCCAAUUUUUCAGAGCAAAACCGUGUUUAUUUGCUUCCCCGACCAACGGGAAUGUUUCUGGGACUCGCGAAACAGAUGUUAUCUCCCGGAGAAGUUGGCUGUUGGCUUUUAAACUGAUCGGUUUAAGCAACACACACAGAAAAAAAGCUGGAGAGGAAAAAGAGAAUUGCAUCAAAUCAAAUGCCAUCUGAGGCUCAGUCUCAGGAGCCCCGGGACAGAGGACCGGCGCCUCCUGUCACUCGGGCUGGACGCAGCGCUCAGCUGGCCAAAGCCGCCGCUACAAGCCCCGCCCCCGAGAGGCGGUCGCGUGGGCGACCUCGGAAAGAUGGGAGCAGCGGCCGAUCUGCGCCUCCCACCCCCACUCCUCCACCACCUCCUCCUCCUCCUCCACCUCCUCCUCCAACUCCCAAAUCCAGGAAGAAGGGGCGGAGUCGAGGCCGAGCCCAGGUAGAGGAUGAAGAGAGCACGGACGCCGCGGAGAAGAAAACCCUCCAGAAAUCAGAGGUGACGGAGAAGACACCAGGACGCCGUCGCUCCUCCUCCAGGAGAAAAUCCAACACCAACCCUGACCCCAUCCAGGACCCUGACCCCCCUCCCCCUGACCCCCCCGCGGUCCCAGAGUCCGGCUCAGACCCAGAACCGGCUCCCAGUGCCGAGGACGCGGACAGAACCGAGCCUGAAGCCUCCAGUCCUGCGUCCCGGGACCUGAGCCCGGCCCACAGCCCCACCCCCACCCCCACACAGGUGGACUGCAGUCCCAGCGCGGUCCCUGUGGAGACAGGAGGGGGCGUGGUCCUGAGCCCCUGCCCCAGUCCUCCGGUGUCCCCCUGCCUGCGCCUGGAGGACGAGGAGGCCCUGUCCCCGCUGUGCCAGCUGUCUCUGUCCGAGGACUCUGGGUGCUCUCCGACCCCCAGCCUGGGACACACCACCAAACGUCUGAAGCAGUGUGCCUUCUGUUACCGUGGCGACGAGCCUCCUCUGGGACAGGGCCGCCUGGUGGUGUUCGGCCCGACUCCGGGCUACAUCCCGCUCCACAUCCUCAACCUCCGCGCCUCCCCCGACCGGGACAACGACUGCCACGACCACUGCUACCGCGGCAACCAGGCCCCGCCCACGUGCAGCAGUCCAGAACAGUGUGACGGCGAGUCUUCCUUAGAGUUUGUGGAGCAGCUCGGACCCAUCGGCCUUCCACAUGACAUCAACGUCCAAUCACUGUUUGACCCCACAGGUCAGUGCUGUGCUCACCUGCAGUGUGCAGCCUGGUCAGAGGGGGUGUGUCGCGGCGAGGGCCAAUCGCUGCUCUACGUGGACAAAGCCAUCGACUCAGGAAGCACACAGGUGUGUGCGUUCUGCCGUCGGCUCGGCGCGUCGCUGCGUUGCCGGGAGACGGGCUGUGGGCGGAGCUUCCACUUCCCCUGUGCUGCGGCCGCCGGAGCUCAGCAGGACUGGAGCCAGAGACACACACUGUGUACAAGACACACACACACAGUGUCCUCGCAGUGUGUGUUGUGUUCGAGUGGCGGGGAUGUCGGCGGUCUGUUGAUGUGCUGUUGCUGCGGUAGCUGUUACCAUGGCAGCUGCCUGGACCCCCCUCUGGCCCCCUCCCCCCUGUGCCGGGCCGGCUGGCAGUGUCCCCAGUGCCGAGUGUGUCAGAGCUGCAGGUUGCGAGGGGAUGAUGGUGUGUUGCUGGUGUGUGACCGCUGUGAUAAAGCCUACCACACACACUGUCUCACACCACCUCUGGAUCACACACAGGGCAACAGCUGGAGCUGCAAGAACUGCAGAAUCUGCCGCCGCUGUGGUGUGAGGUCAUCAGGCCAGUGGGCCAAUCACCAGUUUCUGUGUGAGUCAUGUGACCCGGCCCUGCCCUGCCCUCUCUGUGACCGUGCCCCCGACCUCUACACACCACAGGGCUAUCUGACCUGUACCCGCUGCUUUAGGUGUGUCCAUACAGAGUGUAUUGUCCAGGCUGGGGAGGGCAGGGCAGGGUCUGAAGAUUAUGUCUGCUCCACCUGCAGGCCUCAGGAGGAGGAGCCAAUCCCACAAACUUCAAUUGCUCACAGUCCUACCCUGUCCCUGCCGCUCAGUCCCACACAGGCACCUCCCAUUAGCAUUUCACAGCUGCCAAUUCCAAGUCACACAGAGGCUCCACCCAUCAGUCCUACCGCUCAUAGCCCAGUCCAGCUCAUCUGCUCAGAUCCACCGCAGAGUCCUACACAGGCCAUCUGUACACUAUCGCAGACAAGUCUUACGUCAUCCCAACCUGAUCCCACAGAGCUCCAACAAAUUCCUUCACCAUCCCAACCUGAUCCCACAGAGCUCCAACAAAUUCCUUCACCAUCCCAACCUGAUCCCACAGAGCUCCAACAAAGUCCUUCACCAUCCCAACCUGGUCCCACAGAGAUCCAACAAAGUCCUUCACCAUCCCAACCUGGUCCCACAGAGAUCCAACAAAGUCCUUCACCAUCCCAACCUGAUCCCACAGAGAUCCAACAAAGUCCUUCACCAUCCCAACCUGAUCCCACAGAGCUACAACAAAUUCCUUCACCAUCCCAACCUGAUCCCACAGAGCUCCAACAAAGUCCUUCACCAUCCCAACCUGAUCCCACAGAGCUACAACAAAUUCCUUCACCAUCCCAACCUGAUCCCACAGAGCUCCAACAAAGUCCUUCACCAUCCCAACCUGAUCCCACAGAGCUACAACAAAGUCCUUCACCAUCCCAACCUGAUCCCACAGAGCUCCAACAAAGUCCUUCACCAUCCCAACCUGAUCCCACAGAGCUACAACAAAGUCCUGCUCCAUCCCAACCUGAUCCCACAGAACUACAACAAAGUCCUGCUCCAUCCCAACCUGAUCCCACAGAGCUACAACAAAGUCCUAGCUACAACAAAGUCCUGCUCCAUCCCAACCUGAUCCCACAGAGCUACAACAAAGUCCUGCACCAUCCCAACCUGAUCCCACAGAGCUACAACAAAGUCCUGCACCAUCCCAACUUGAUCCCACAGAGCUCCAACAAAGUCCUCCACCAUCCCAACCUGAUCCCACAGAGCUCCAACAAAGUCCUUCACCAUCCCAACCUGAUCCCACAGAGCUCCAACAAAGUCCUUCACCAUCCCAACCUGAUCCCACAGAGCUCCAACAAAAUCCUUCACCAUCCCAACCUGAUCCCACAGAGCUACAACAAAGUCCUGCUCCAUCCCAACCUGAUCCCACAGAGCUACAACAAAGUCCUGCACCAUCCCAACCUGAUCCCACAGAGCUACAACAAAGUCCUGCACCAUCCCAACUUGAUCCCACAGAGCUCCAACAAAGUCCUUCACCAUCCCAUCCUGAUCCCACAGAGCUCCAGGAAAGUCCUUCACCAUCCCAUCCUGAUCCUGCAGAGCUCCAGGAAAGUCCUUCACCAUCUCACCUUAAUCCAUCAAAGCCCCAACAAAGUCCUGAGGCAACCCCAUCUGAUCCAUCAGAACUUCAGCAUUGUCCUGCGCUAUCUCACCCUGAACCAACAGAGCUUGAACAAAAUCCAGAGCCAACUCACCCUGAUUCCACAGAGCUCCAACAAAAGCGUGAACAAAAUUCAGAGUCAUCUCAACCUGAACCAUCGGAGCUCCAACAAAGUCCUGCCCAAUCUCACUCUGAACCAUCAGAGCUUCAGCAAAGUCCUGCUCCAUCUCACCCUGAACCAACAGAGCUCCAACAAAGUCCUGCUCCAACUCACCCUGAACCAACAGAGCUCCAAGAAAGUCUUGCUCCAUCGCACCCUGAACCAACAGAGCUCCAAGAAAGUCCUGCUCCAACUCACCCUGAACCGACAGAACUCCAAGAAAGUCCUGCUCCAACUCACCCUGAACCAACAGAGCUCCAGCAAAGUCCUGCUCCAACAGAGCUCCAGCAAAGUCCUGCUCCAUCUCACCCUGAACUUGGAGAGCUCAAACAAAGUCUUUGUCCUUCUCAAUCUGAUCCUACAGAGCUCCAGCAAAGUCCUGCUCCAUCUCACCCUGAACUUGGAGAACUCCAACAAAGUCCUAGUCCUUCUCAAUCUGAUCCUACAGAGCUCCCACAAAGUCCUGCUCCAUCCCAACCUGAUUCCACAAGCUCCAACAAAGCCCACGCUAUCUCAUUCUAAUCAAAAGAAGCUCCGGCAAAGCCCUGCCCAAACUCACCCUGAUCCCACAGAGCUCCAACUAAGUCCGGCGCCAUCCCAUCUUGAACAGUCAGAGCGCCAACAAAGUCCUGCCCAAUCCCAUCCUGAUCCCAAACAGCCCCAACAAAGUCCUGGGCCAUCCCAUCCUGAACCAUCAGAGCUCCAACAAAGUCCUGGGCCAUCCCAUCCUGAACCAUCAGAGCUCCAGGAAAGUCUUUCAACCUGUUCCUCUGGUCCAACAGAGCUCUGGGAAAGCUCUGCAUCAUUUAACCCUGAUGCUACAAAACUCCAGGGAACCCACACCUCAUCUGAAGUUAAUCCAGUGGAGCUUCAACAAAGCCCUCCCCAUGUGACUUCCUUGUUUGCUCAGCAUACUCCUUGUCCGCUCAGUAACCCCUCUUCUAGCUUUACCCAGAAUUCCACAGAGGAUCACCUUUUGGCCACAGAAUCUCCACAGAGUCCAACGGAGGGUAGUCCCAUGUCUUGUGGACAUGAGCAUUCUCUGCACAGUCCUCCACCACACACACCGACCCAAGCAGGGCUUAGUCCUACCCGGGUUCAGCCAGGGCCUGCAGAGCCGGGGCAAAGCCCUCCACCACACAGUCCUGUGCAGGACGAAACUACACAGACACAGCUGGAUAGACCAUGUAGUCCCACCAACAACAUCGUCAUCACACCGCCUCAACAGACUUCCCCACGAAAACGACACCGUUCUAUGUCACACAGUCCUGCACAAGUUGGCACAUCACCUCGACAGAAUCACACACGGGAUGCUGAACGUACACUGGACCAUGAGAGCCCUGCUGAGCUGCAGUGUGGGCCUGGACAGCACAUUUCUACACUGGACCAGGGCCUUUCACCAGUCUGCUCUAAGUCUACCCAGACAGCAAGAAAACACGCCUCACUGAGGCCCAGCUCAGCUCCAUGUAGCCCAUCACCUUCCCCACUCAGAGCCACACAGUGUAGUCUGUCACAGCCUGCUAGCCCAUCACAGGCCCAAUCUACACAGCCUUUACAGCUUAGCAUACUUCCUUCUCAGCUUGCUAAACAUUCAAGAGUCACAAAUGAAUGCACCCAAACCAGUACCACAGAGCUGAAGUCUUUGGAACAUGGCCCAAUGCAGCUGAGUCCUAACCUUGAUGACCAAACACUGGAAAGUAGUCCGACAUCUGAUCUAUCCACAAUGCCUCCUGAUAGCAGUGGCACAGAUGGAAAACUUGCUAACCAGUGUGUCCCUAUCCAGAGUAACCCAGACUUUUCUAGCCCCCAUCACAGUCCUUCCAUGCCAACACCAGAAAGCCUUGUUCACGUUAGCCCUUCAGUGGAACACAGUAGCCUAACUUGCUCACCUCGUGCUGAUGAAACGGAGGUAGUUCCUCCCUCAGCCAUCUCCAUUUGUCCGAGUCCUUCUCGUGACAGCCCACCAUGCUGCACAGAGGCUACUGAAGGUAAAGCCAGCUCCACACAUAUCCAAAAUAUCUCAGCUAGUGCUAGCUCCAAACAUACCAGUCAAAUGUCUACAAGCCCUGCCAGCUCUAUUCAGGCCAGUGCUAGCACUAUACCAGUGGAUACUAGCCAUAUAGCUGCAGAAAUUGGCCCCUCAACACAACCAGCUAGCCCUUCAGAAGUUCUGGCUGGAUCCAUUUCCUGUCAGGAUGAGGACAUGGAGGUAUAUGUCGACCACCUGAGUCAUUUUAUUCAGUCAGAAACAAGUCCCAGACAUCCAAACUCCAAUUCCGACAGUAAAGUUCAUGGUAGCCCUGCUCAUGCAGAAGCUAACGGGUACAGUCAGAUGGGCUCCAUGCAUGUUCAAGACAGAGCCAGUCCCUCUGUUUGUAGUUUUCCAGAGCUCGCACAGACUCAGGCAAGCCUAAGUCCCACACAUCCUGGUCAGUCAGAUCCCUCACAUGUCCAAACUACCUUCAGUCCUCCUCAGACUUCUCCAGAUCAGACAAGCCCCCUGCAAACUAGCUUUAGUCCUCCACACUGUAUGCUGAGUGGUAGUAGCCCAGAGAGUAGUUCUGUUAGCCACAGUCUGAGCCAUAGUGGCCAGACAAGUUCUCACUCUGCUAGCAUAACUGAUGUUACCGUCAGCCACAGUCCACCUAGGUCUAGUCCUGCUGGUCAAGCUAGUCCUUUUCACAUACAAAGCGCCUCUAGCAGUCCCCACUCAGGCCCAGCCCAAAGACAGACUCCGUCAUUAGCGAGCACGACAUACAGCAGCCCUGCACAUGCUGCUGCCACUUGUGUUAGCCCACCUCACAGUCCAGCUCAGUCCAGUGAAACGUAUCGUAGCCCCACAUGUAGCCCUGCUCAGGACACUGCAGCACAGCUGAGCCCCACUCUGGCUAGCUCAAAUCUUGAUGUGGACAUAAUCCAGAGCUCUGUUCUUCCCGCUGUGCUUCACCUUGAUUCUGGACUUGUUAAACCUCCAGACAGUAUUCAGCAGACGAGCCCAGCACCUGCUAUUGACUCACACGUGCGUAGUCCCAACCAGGCCAGUCCAAGCCAGGUUAGCCAGUCCCCAGCUAGUCCUCUCUUGACCCCCGACAGAUCUGCUGCUGAAAGCCAACGGAGCAUUGCCUCGGAAAGCCCCUUCCAUCGAACCCCAGCCCCCUCUGUUGGUGCUUCUUCCACUCUGGCUAGCCCUGUCCCUUCUAGUACCACUCAGGAUACCAGUGCAAUGCCUAGCACUGACCACAUCAGCGAAAUGCCUGCUAGUCCCACACCCUCUGCCCCCUUAAAAGUUAGCUCUGUUUACAGUAGCCCAGUUGCUAGUCCUGUUCAUGACCCAGGUGAUACACAAGUUAACUCUAGUCUUGCCAGCCCUCUGCGGCCAGAUACUAGUCCCAGUCCUGGACCUGGGAGCCCUAUGAGGUGUGAGGCUAGCAGCCACACUGCAGAUGCUGUUAGCCUUGUCCUUGCUACCCAUGUGCAGUCUGAAACCAGCCCUAGUCCUGGUCCUGUUAGCCCGGUUCAGCCUGACGCCAGUCCUAGCCGCUCUGUUUCCAGCCCCCAGCAACACACAACAGAGAAGGAGUCUGCAGUUGCUGAGGAUGUCAGCAUGGCCGAGAAGCAGGAAGAGAAAACUGAAGAGGUGGAGGAGGUGCAGAGAGAUGUUACACAGCAGGAGCAGCAGGAGGAGGAGGUGGAUGAGCCACACCAGAGAGCAGAGGAGAGUCUGGAGGAAGAGGAUCCUGCUAGAGAACAAGACCAGGAGGAAGAGGAGGAGAUUUCACAUCAGAGAGUAAAGGAGAGUCUGGAAGAAGAGGAGCCUGCUAGAGAACAACACCAGGAGGAAGAGGUGGAGAUUUCACAGCAGAGAGCAAAGGAGAGUCUGGAAGAAGAGGAGCCUGCCGAGACGGAGGGAGGAGGAGAACAAGACCAGGAGGAAGAGGAGGAUCAGAACGGCAGCUCAAACUGCCCUUCAGGAUCUGUCCUGAAUGAAGACCCUCGGUCUCCUCCUCACUCUGCUGCUGCCUCCCUCUUCCUCCCACAGUCAGCUCCUCCCUCCCCGCCCCACCCACCACACUCUGCCUUACCCCCCCUACAGCCCUCCUCCCCCCUCCCCUCUCCUCCUAGAGCCGGCUCUCUGGAGGCCUCCCCUCUCAGGACUGCCUUACUCCCCUCCACUCCUCCCUCUCCUCCCCUGGAACAGGAAACUACCUGUCAGAGGGAAGCUGCUGCGACGGAGGCGGGGCUAGAGGACAACCCCCUUUCCUGUCGUGUGACAUCAGCAGAAGACGACAGCCAAUCACAAAGCCAAUUCGAACCAGUCGCAGGAGUAAAAGAGCAGUUUCAACCCGAAGAGUCUGAACCUGUUGCUGCAGCAAAAGAACAGUUUGAACCCACCCAGCAUGAGCACCAAUCACACGCUGAGCCUUCAGAGAGGCAGCAGGAGCCGCAGCCAAUGAGGGAGAAGCAGGACGCAGAGGAGCAGGAUCCUUCUUCUUCCUCUCUGGAGGCCCGCCCCCUGGAACAGGAAGCUACCUGUCAAAGUGAAGCCGCUACGGCGGAGGCGGAGCUAGAGGACGAACCUCUUUCCUGUCGUGUGACAUCAGCGGAAGAUGAAGAAGAACUUGUCGCUGAAGCAAAAGAACCCACCAAAGAUGAGCACCAAUCACACGCUGAGCCUUCAGAGAGGGAGGAGGAGCCCGAGCCAAGAGCAACAGCUGCUCCUGAGCUGGUUGCUGAGCAACAGCCAAUGAGGGAGAAGCAUGACGCAGAGGAAGAGGAGGCGAGGUCGGGCGGCGAGCAGGAGGACCAAUCGGAUGUGGAGCAGGAGGAUCCGGUGAGCCCCGUGCUGGAACUGGACCCGUCUUUAGACACGGAGGUGAUGGCGCUGCUGCGGCUCUCCUCCCCCAGCCCGCCCCCCCUUUCCCGGCGGGGGUCGGGUCGGGCACUAAGGCCCACCCCCCCCAGCUCCUCCCGGCCUUUGGACGACCUCUCCAUCCGCCUGAGGCAGUCUCCCUUCUCCACCGAGGCUUCCCCCGAGACUUCGCCCGCUAGAGCGCCCGUCACGCCACCACCGCUGUCUCCGCCCUCGCCUCUGUACCGAGAGUCCCCGCCCCUUUCUAAGCCACAGACUCUCCCCGUUACUGUGCUCCCCCUCACACCGAAAAUUGGGAUGGGAAAGCCCGCAAUCUCCAAGAGGAAGUUCUCCCCCGGCAGGGCCAGAGUCAAACAGGGUUCGUGGUGGAGUAAUCGCAGGGCGGUGAGCCCCCCCUCGUCCUCCCAGGAUUCCAUGGGGGAGGGAGGGUGGGACAGCCCUAAGCCCCGCCUACCGGACUCCCCCCUCUGGAGCAUGAGAGUGAGUCGCGGUUCAGGGUUCCCAGGCAGGAGGAGGUCCAGAGGAGGAGGUCUGGGAGGAGGAAGAGGAGGCAGAGGAAGGAGCCGGCUCAAGACUCAGGACAGUCUGCCUGUGUCCCCCGGAAGUGUGUACGCGGAGCCGUUCCAGCCCAAAGAGGAGGAGGAGAACUCGAUGCACAACACGGUGGUGAUGUUCUCCACCUCGGACAGCUUCACCCUCAAACAGGACAUGUGUGUGGUGUGUGGCAGUUUUGGUCAGGGGGCUGAAGGCCGGCUGUUGGCCUGUUCUCAGUGUGGACAGUGUUACCAUCCCUACUGCGUCAACCUGAAGAUCACGCGCGUGGUCCUGACCAAAGGCUGGCGCUGUCUGGAGUGCACGGUGUGCGAGGCGUGUGGCGAGGCCAGCGACCCCGGCCGACUGUUGCUAUGCGACGACUGUGACAUCAGCUACCACACCUACUGCCUGGACCCGCCCCUUCACACCGUCCCCAAAGGAGCCUGGAAGUGCAAGUGGUGUGUGUGGUGUGUCCAGUGUGGCUCCGCCUCCCCCGGGCUGCGCUGUGAUUGGCAGAAUAACUACAGUCGCUGUGGACCGUGUGCCAGUCUGAGCCACUGUCCUCUCUGUCAGAGACAGUACUCACAGGACGACCUCAUCCUGCAGUGUCAGCAGUGCGACAGGUGGGUCCAUGCUGUGUGUCAGGGUCUGAACACUGAAGAAGAGGUGGAAACUGCUGCUGAUGAAGGCUUCGAUUGCUCGCUGUGCCGAGCACACAGCCGCGGCUCCUAUGGGCGGUCAGACAGUUUUGAUUCCCCCUACAUGGCUCAGAUCAUCUCCAGGAUCAGAGAACCCGACACAAAGACGUACACCCAGGAUGGAGUGAGUCUGACAGAGUCAGGUCUCUCUCACCUCCAGUCUCUGGUUGAGCCUCUGACAUCACCGCGCAGGUACCGCAGGUGUAAACCUAAACUAAAGCUGAGGAUCAUCAACCAGAACAGCGUCUCUGUGCUGCAGACCCCACCGGACACUGACCCCCCCACAGAGCAGGACCCCAGCAGAGGUGAUGUAGAGUGUGAGAUGAAAUCUGACUCCAGCCCCGAGCGAGACCACGCCCACGACGAUGACCUCACCAAGGAGCCUGAGGUUACCGACGACAACAAGAAGAGGAAAAGGAAACCUUACCGUCCCGGUAUCGGGGGCUUCAUGGUGCGCCAGCGUGGAGGGAAGGCCGGGCCGAGCAGAAUCAAACUCUGCAGAAAAGACUUGAUAGAGACGCUGCAGGGACGAGACCAAGACGUUUCCUUGGAGACGGUACCCCCUGCCGACCAGACGAUGGAGAAGGCGAAGAAGAGGUACAGAAAGAAGAAGACGAAGCUGGAGGAGGAGUUCCCUUCUUAUCUCCAGGAGGCGUUUUUCGGUCGGGAUCUUCUGGAUCAGAGCCGGCAGGUGGACAGGAGGGCGGCGCCAGAGACCCCGCUGCCAGCCAAUCAGGAGUGGCGACCCCUGGACUACAUGGCCCCUCCCCUUGGGCCUGCCGCUUGCAGCCAUGACAACCAACGCCAUCAAGAAGCAGGGACGCUGCCCAUGUCGGAGGAAGCUCUGUUGGAUCUGUCUGAUGUUCUCAACACUGAUCCUCACAUACUGGCAACAGGACACACAGCCGGUCUGGAUAUCGGCUCCAUGGCGGCUGACCUGACAGGAAGUGGGCGUGGCCAGAGGGCGGUGCAGGAGGAGCCUCUGGACGCCAUCUUGAGCCCUGAGCUCGACAAGAUGGUCUCUGAUGGUGCCAUCCUCAGCAAACUGUACAACAUCCCCGAGCUGGAGGGGAAGGACGUGGAGGAGGUGUUUACCGCUGUUCUCAGUCCAAACGGCAACAACCAACAACAACCAGGGCAAAGCCAACACACACACACUGCAGCCGGAAGCAAGGGAAACACACACCACUCAGCUACUGUGUUUCCUCGUCUUCCGCUGAUGAACGGCCUGAUGGGAGCUGCUCCUCACUUCUCAAACUCUCCCAUGAUGCCCGGUGUGGCUCAGAGUCCCGCAGGCUUUAGGAUGCCCCCUCCCGAGAGCCCCGCCCCUGGCCUGGCCUCUGCCAAUCAGGCGCCAGCGGGCGAGGCCGAGCAGGACGUGAUGUCGACGGCUCAGAGAGGCAUGUUGAAGUGGGAGAAGGAAGAGAGUCUGGGAGAGAUGGCCACCGUGGCUCCGGUCCUCUACUGCAACACCAACUUCCCCCAGCUGAAGGAGCAGCAUCCUGAAUGGUCGACCAGAGUGAAGCAGAUCGCCAAGCUGUGGAGGAAAGCCAGCUCUCAGGACAGAGCUCCCUUCGUGCAAAAAGCUCGAGAUAACCGGGCGGCUCAGCGCAUCAGCAAGGUGCAGAUGUCCAACGACCCACUCAAACGCCACCAGCCCUCGCAGCAAUAUGACCCUGUUUCCAUGGAGGAGGAGGGGGCGUUCAGGGACCCGCUGAGGCCCAGAGAGUCGGAGCAGGAGCAGGAGUGGAAGCUCCGACAGAUGCUGCGUCAGAAGAGCAAGCAGCUCGCCAAGAUGGAGGCCACGCAGAAGCUGGAGCAGGUGAAGAGCGAGCAGCGCCAGCAGCAGAUGCUGAUUGGCGCCCCGCCGGACGCCGGCAGCCGCAGCCCCGGCUCGCUGCUGCAAGGCUCCGGAUUGGCCGACGACGUCUUCCUCAGACCGCAAGCCCGCCCCGUCUGGCUUCUCCCCGCUGCCCUCCUCCUCCCCCCUGCACCAGCCGCCCUCCUCCCCAGAUGUUCCGCCGCCGUCGUCGCGCCCCUCCUCGCCGUGGGACCCCUACGUCACCUGGUUGCUCCCCAACCAGGGCUGCAGCAGAGCAGGACAGGCAUGAUGAGCCCCUCCUCUGGCUCCGCCCCCGACCUUUCAUCCAGACACGUUGGUAUCCGAGCCGCCGCGGAGACGUACCAGAGGACUCCUCUUAACAGCGCUAACCAGCGCGUAUCGACGUCUGAAAUAUACUCUCAGGGCGGGCUGUUUAAAGCCCCCAUGCCCCCCCAGCAGCCGGAGGUGUUUGGUGGUCCCGGGGGAGUCCGUCGGGACCCGUCCAGACCCCCCCCGGACCUGGCCUUCUCCCUCCAGCAGUCCCAGGACUCUCCGUUCCCCUCCAGUCCGCUGUCGGGGCUGGGCUCGCCCCACCGCAGCCCGUACAGACAGGACUUCAUCCAGCCGGUCCCGGACCCCUUCCCCCAGCACUCCCCUCUGGCGUCCAGACCCUCACCGGACCCGUACGCCAAUCCUCAGACCCCCGGCACGCCACGCCAGCACUCGGACCCCGCGUACCUCGCCACGACGUACAGCCAGCAGGCCGCCAAUCGCCGGCCGUCCCCGUCACACCCGAACCUGGACCCGUACGCGUCCAACCCCGGCACGCCGCGCCCCUCUGGCGCCGAGCGCUUCCCCCGGUCCCCGGGAGUCAGCAGCGUGGCGGCGCCGAGCCGUACGCCCAGCAGCCGUCCACGCCGCGGCCGCCGCAGAAACCACCGGCGGCGGAGAGCUUCGCUUCUCAGGCUGGAGAGAGCGGGACCUUCACCCCCACGCUGCACCAGACCCCGCCCCUCGCUGACGGACAAGACAACAGCCAAUGAAAUGGCAGCGCUGGGCGUGGCCUCUCUGGACGGACCAAUGAGCAUGCUGCCUCAGCUCGGUGACUCGGAGGAGAAGCUGAGACAGCGCCAGCGUCUACGCCAGCUGAUCCUGAGACAGCAGCAGCAGAAGAGUGCCUUACGGCAGGAGAAAGGUCUGCAGGAAGCAGCUGCUGGUUCUGCAGCGCGACACUGGGCCCAGGUGGACCCCCCCACGGCCCCCCCUGCUGACCUGUUUGGACGCCCCCCUCCCCCGUAUCCCGGCACAGUGAGGCCUGUCGGGGGGGCGGCAGGUUUCCCAGCAGAGCAGAGAGGCUUCGGCCCCCGAGAGCUUGGAGUCAGAGCCCCAAACCUCAGGUUUGGUGUUCCUCCUCCAGCGAGUCUCCAGGACUCCUUCUUGCGUCCUCCCCAGGGUGCGGGGCCUGGAUCUGGGAUCAGUUCUCUGGAGGGAGUCCCUGCCCAGAUGAGGAGGCCCAUGCCUGGGGAGUUCACAGGGAUCCGCCCCCUCCCUGCUGCCGGCACUCAGCCGCACAUGAUGCCAGGUCUCCCACAGCCCUUCCCUCCUCGCACCUUCCCCCUGCAGCAGCACAGCAUCAUGGGACAGCCGUACAUCGAGCUUCGACAUCGCAUCCCCGAAAACCGCCUGAGGCUGUCCUUCCCUAUGCCUGCCGGCCCGGACCCCCGAGACCUGAGGCCGUGUCCGCCGGCGCUGGGCCAGCAGUCGGUGCUGGAGCAGCUGAACCAGCAGCAGCAUCAGCAGCUAGCCCACGCAGCGGCGCUGAGUCACGCCCUCCCCGGGGCUGAUGGGAUGGAGGAGCACCUGGAGGACUCAGCGGUGAAGGACCUGGAGGACGUGGAGGUGAAAGAUCUGGUCGACCUGAACCUGAACCUCGACCCUGAAGACGGUAAAGAGGAUCUGGACCUGGGCCCCAACGACCUGCACCUCGACGACUUCCUGCUGUCGGGGAAGUUCGACCUGAUCGCCUACGCUGACCCCGAGCUCAACCUGGAGGACAAGAAGGACAUGUUCAACGAGGAGCUGGAGCUGGGGGAGACAGCCGAGGACCGGAGGACAGACAGCCACUUCAAACAGGAAGUACAGGACGGCAUCAAGACCGAAGCCAGGCACACAGCUCCCCAGCCCGGGGUCUUCACCACCAUCAGACCCCCCGGACCCUUAGUGGCCGAGGCAGCCGGCUCGCUCCAGAAAGGGGAGGACUCUGGUUCUGGUUCUGGUUCAGGGGCCUUGCCCGUUCUCCAGACCCAGGAACAGGCUCCGUCGUCGGGCAUGACUCCCAGGGUUCACCCCCCUAUGGCUGGAGGUCCGCAGGCUGUCUUCCAGCAGAGACCGUUUGGACCCUCGUCUCUCUUCUCCCCCCCACCCUCCGGGUCUCCCUGCGCCCCCCACCCUCAGGGUCUCCCUCUGUCCCUCCAACCCCCCCAGCCCCGCCUCCUCCUCAACCCCCAGACCCAGCUUUCACAGCCGGGGGGCUCCACGCAGACCCACACCGUCUUCCUCCAGAGCCAGGACCAGAGCCAGGACCAGGACCCGGACCAGGACCCACACAGGCCUCUGCUCCUGGAGGAGCAGCCACUCCUGCUGCAGGACCUCCUGGACCAGGAGCGCCAAGAGCAGCAGCAGCAGAAACAGAUGCAGGCGCUGAUCAGACAGAGGCCCCCCCCAGACGCUGUGUUACCCAACAUGGACUUUGACUCCAUCACUGACCCCAUCAUGAAGGCGAAGAUGGUGGCUCUGAAAGGCAUCAACAAGGUGAUGACGCAGGGCAACCUGGGACUCAACCCGAUGGCCAUCAACAGGUUCCAGCCGGCCCCGGUGGUCCCGGCUCCAGAGGGAGCUCCUCAGCCUCCCCAGCCGGUGGGACAGGACGGGAAGCUGAACCCCCCGUUGGUGCGACCCAGUCCUCCCAGCUUCGUCCCGGGCUUCGGCAACGAGGCCCAGCGGCGGCAGUACGAGGAGUGGCUGGGCGAGACGCAGCAGCUCCUGCAGAUGCAGCAGCGCCUCCUGGAGGAGCAGAUCACAGCUCACCGCAAAACCAAGAAGUCUCUGUCGGCCAAACAGAGAACAGCCAAGAAGGCGGGCCGAGCGCUCACCGAGGAGGACGCCUCCCAGCUCCGCAACAUCACGGAGCAGCAGGGGACCGUGCAGAAACAGCUGGAGCAGAUCCGGAAGCAGCAGAAGGAUCACGCUGAGCUGAUCGACGACUACAGGACCAAACAGCAGGAGCUGCAGCAGCGCUGCCCCCUCCCAGCCCCCCUCUCCCAGCCCCCCCUCUCCCAGCCCCCCCUCUCCCAGCCCCACCCCACUGGCCCCACCCUGCCCCGCGCCCCAAACGUGCCCCUUGGUUGGUCCCCGGCAGGAGGAGCUCCAGGGGUGAUUGGGCAGAGGAUGCCUCUUCUUCCACCCCCCCAGAUGCCCCCCACCGCCCAGCCUCCCCCGGCCAUGACGCCGGGCCUCGCUGCUCCGACAGCGGGCUUCACCGCGGGGCCCCGGGGCCCCCCCGCAGGGACCAACGGAGCCGCAGGGGACCCCGCGCUUCAGGUGAAGUUUGACGACAACAACCCGUUCAGUGAAGGCUUCCAGGAGAGAGAGAGGAGAGAGAGGCUGAGAGAGCAGCAGGAGAGACAGAGAGUUCAGCUAAUGCACGAGGUGGAGCGCCAUCGCGCCCUGCAGCAAAGGCUGGAGCUGGAGCAGCAAGGCAUGCUGGGAAACUCCAUGCCCCCAUCUGGUGCUCGAGUCAUACAAACGCCCGGACCUCCUCCGGCGGCGGACGGUCUGUCCCAGAUGCCGUUCUUCAGCUCGGAGCUGCCGCAGGACUUCCUCCAGUCGCCCCCGGCUCCCAGAGCUCCGUUCCCCCAGCAGGGAGCCCUCUGCUCGGGCUUCCCCGCUGGGCGCAGCCCCCUGGAGGUGGCUCCCUCCAGCCUGCAGGCUCGGCCCAGGCUCCCAGCCCAGGGAACGGUGCUGCCCGCUGGGGUCCCAGCGGCGGCAGUGAUGCCCCCCUCCCAUCCUCGGUUCGGACAUGACUCCUCAACGCACGGCGCCUCCCUGCCCCAGCUGUACUCUGACAUCAUCCCCGACGACAUACCGAAGAAGAAGAGGAGCAGGAAGAGGGACGGAGGAGACGAUGGCAGAGGGGGCGCCAGGACGCCGCUGUCCUCGCAAUCUGACGACAUCACGGCUCCGCCCACUCCGGCCCGAUCAGACACUUCCUGCUCCACGCCCACACGCGGCAGCGCGGACCAAUCGGAUGCGAGCUUCUCGCUGAGCACCAGCCUCGCCGCUCUGGCUCCGUCCUCGGAGCUGGAGAGGCAGCUGUCGGUCAUCUCAGCGGCCCAGCAGAGAGGCUCCGUCCUGGGCACAGAGAGCCAGAGAGGCCCCCUGUCUGCAGCCCGUCUGGAGGUCAAGGAGGAGCGUGAGGAGGGAGGAGCUUGUGGUGGAGGCAGGGUGAAGAUGGAGGCCUGUGGGGGUGAUGCAGUCUUCUCCCCCUCUCCUCCCUACGGGGGAGACGGGGGGAAGGAGCUGCUCAGACAUCUGCUGAAGGACAAAACCUCCCCGGCAACCACGCCGUCUCCCACCGGCCAGGCCCCGCCCACCGCCCGCCGACAGCUGUCCAAUGAAAGCGUCCGGUCCGAAGAGGACGACCAUGGAAACAUGGUGACCAUGGACAGUCCAGGAGCAGAUCUGCUGGACUCGUCCGGCAGGAAGAAAGCUCCGCGCUGUAAGAGACCCUCUCGGCCCGAGAAAGACAAAGCUCCUCCCAAAAACAAGAGGAGGAAGAAGGAGGAGGAGGAGAAGACGCUCCAGUCGUCCUCCACAUCGUCCUCUGACCCGCUGGUGACUCACCUCAGACAGAUAGAAGCUAAGGGCUUCGAGGGGCAGAAACUCCGCUCGUCUCUGGGCAGAGACUCGCUGCUGAGUGGCUCCUUCGGUAAUGGCUGCCUGGACGGAGUUACGGACUACUACUCUCAGCUCAUAUACAAGAAUAACCUGAGUAACCCCCCUACCCCCCCGGCCUCGCUGCCCCCCACCCCCCCGCCCGUCGCCAGGCAGAAACUGGUCAACGGCUUCGCCACCACGGACGAGCUGGCAAGGAAAGACAUCAGCGAGCAGGACGUGAACGGUGUGAAGCAGAAGGGGGAGGGGCUUCUGGCUCUAAACCACGCCUCCAAAACAGUCGAUGUCCCGGCCUCGCUGCCGACGCCCCCCCACAACAACCAGGAAGAGCUCCGGGUCCAGGACUCGUCGGGGCGCGACAGCCCGGACGGCUUCGUGCCGUCCUCGUCUCCGGAGAGCGUGGCGGACAUGGAGGUCAGCCGGUUCCCCGACCUGUCCUUCAUCAAGCUGGAGCCGCCCUCGCCCUGCCCCUCGCCUACAAUACCCAUCAUGCCCUGCGCCUGGGGGAAGGGCUCUGCAGUGAAACAGGAAGUGAAGACGGAGCCGCACCAUCAGUUUCCUCCCUCUUGCUCCAACACAGACCUGGUUACCAUAGCGAUAACUCUGAACCCGGUCGCAGCACAGAACGUAGCCGGUGUGAUGGCGGCCGUGGCCGAGCUGCUGCGGGUCCCCGUCCCAGCCGACUACCAGCUGAGCGGUGCUGCCGGUCCCGAGAGGAACUCGCUGGCUCUGCUGGCUGGAGUCCGAGUGCCGCUCACACAGAGUUCAACCGUCAGCAGACAGCAGAGACCUCCUCAGUGCUGCAGCUGCUGCAAGGUGCUCCUGGGAAAUGGAGUCCGGAUCAUCAAGGAGCUCAAACAGGAGGGUCAGUCCAGACCAGGAUCCAGCCUGGUGUUCUGCAGUCCCAACUGUUCUGCUCUCUACACAUCUGAGCUGCAGAGCAGAACAUCUGGAAACAAGGCGGUGCCGCCGAGCUCCGAGCCUCCCGGCAGAGUUCAGCACCGCUACAGCAGCAACAUGUCCUCCAUCGCCGUGCACUCCCUCCUCCACGCUCCCUCCUCCUCCCCACACAACUCCCCCGCUGCCUCGCCGCCUCUCUCCUUCCCCCCCGCCUCUGCCGUCACCAUGGAGACCAGGCCCCGCGUGGACAGCCUCAAGGUUAAGGUGAAGCUGAAGCCCCGCCCCCGGGCGGUCCCAGGGGGAGAGGACACGAUGUUGUCUCGUCCCGGGAAGAGGAUGAAGAACUGCCGCUGGAGACGCUGGAGCUUCAGUAUCACACUCAGCAGAGGCCCUUGCACCCCUAACGAGGGCCACGCCAUGCCGACGGAGGAGGAAGUGGAUGUGCUGUUGAAGAAGUUGGGGGCGUGUCUCGGUCCAGAUGCGUCAUGCAAAGACCAGCGUCGCUGCUGCUUCUGUAACCAGCAGGGGGACGGACGCACGGACGGACCGGCCCGCCUGCUGAACCUGGACCUGGACCUGUGGGUCCAUCUGAACUGUGCCCUGUGGUCCAGUGAGGUCUAUGAGACCCAGGCGGGUGCUCUGAUCAACGUGGAGCUGGCUCUGAGACGGAGUCUGACUCUACGCUGCGCCCACUGUCAGAGGACCGGCGCCACGAGUGGCUGCAACCGCCUCCGCUGCACCAACACCUACCACUUCUCCUGCGCCCUGCAGGCCCACUGCACCUUCUUCAAGGAUAAGACGAUGUUGUGUCCGCUCCAUAAGCCUCGGACGGUUCCUCUGAGCGGUGAUCGUUCCUCCAGCUGCUCCCCGUCCUCCGCCCAAUCGCCGGCGCCCGACCCGGCGGCCGCCGCGGCGUUCUGCGACCCGUACGACUGCGAGCUGCGCUGCUUCUCGGUGUUCCGGCGCGUGUUCGUGCAGCGGGACGAGGCGCGGCAGAUCGCCGGCGUGGUGCAGCGCGGCGAGCGGCAGCACACCUUCCGGGUCGGCAGCCUGCUGUUCCGCGCCAUCGGCCGGCUGCUGCCGCACCAGAUGAAGGCCUUCCACAACCAGGCCGCCAUCUUCCCCAUAGGUUACCACGCCAACCGCAUCUACUGGAGCAUGCGCCACAGCAACAGGCGCUGUAAGUACCUGUGCUGCAUCGAGGAGGCGGAGGGCCGCCCACUGUUCAGAGUGAAGGUGGUGGAGAAGGGAUACGAUGACCUCAUACUGACCGGACCCUCGCCUAAAGCUGUGUGGGACCAGAUCCUGGAGCCAGUAUCCCAGUUGAGAUCGUCCAGCGGGACUCUGAAGCUUUUCCCGGUUUACCUGAAAGGAGAAGAUCUGUUUGGUUUGACCACGUCUGCUGUGACCAGGAUCAUCGAGUCUCUGCCAGGUGUGGAGACCUGUGAGCGUUACAUCUUUCGUUACGGCAGGAACCCUCUCAUGGAGUGGCCUCUGGCCUUCAACCCGUCUGGCUCAGCCCGCUCUGAACCCAAAGCCUGCCAGACCAAGAGGCCCACCCUGCUGACCAGCAUUGCUCCCAGGUGCCAGGGCUCCGUGGGCUCUAUCGUUGGCGUGGUGCCGGGCGUCAUCGCUCUGUCUCCGGGAGAGUCCGUGGCCGGGGCCCACCAGGGCCGCCACUCCAAGUCGGCCCAGUACCGCCGCAUGAAGGCCGAGUGGAAGACCAACGUCUACCUGGCCCGCUCCCGCAUCCAGGGUCUGGGUCUGUAUGCUGCCAGAGACAUCGAGAAAUGCACCAUGGUCAUCGAGUAUAUCGGCACCAUCAUCAGGAGUGAAGUAGCCAAUCGCAAAGAGAGGCUCUACGAGUCACAGAACCGUGGUGUGUACAUGUUCCGGAUCGACAACGACUUUGUGAUCGACGCCACCAUCACUGGAGGACCGGCCAGGUACAUCAACCACUCGUGCUCUCCCAACUGCAUCACGGAGGUGGUCACUGUGGAGAAGGAGAACAAGAUCAUCAUCAGCUCCUGCCGACGCAUCCAGAGAGGAGAAGAGCUGUCCUAUGACUAUAAGUUUGAUCUGGAGGACGAUCAACAUAAGAUCCCGUGUCACUGUGGAGCCGUCAACUGUCGCAAAUGGAUGAACUGAACAUCUCUCUCUCUCUCUCUCUCUCUCUCUCUCUCUCUCUCUCUCUCUCGGUGCUGAGGCUGGAUGUCGAUCGCCCAUCGCUCUGUGGGCGGAGCUACACUUCCUAUCAGAAGAAUAUAAUAAUAAUAAUAAUAAUGAUAAUAAUGAUGUAACGUAACGAUCAGAUGUGAUCUCAGAGAAUAAUGAUCGGAGGGGUUUGAUUGAC